AUGGGGGCCACCAUCCUCGAGGGUCUGUUCAUGGACUUCACAAAAUUGCAAAUGCUGCCUCCGAAUAUCACUAGGAGCGGUCAGGAGAAGCAACGUGCAGCAAGCAAGGCAGCAGCAGUCAAGUCAAGUGGUAGUUGGCAGCCGGCCGGUGGUAGGAUUCAUGCCCCACUCACCUGCGGCGAUCACAUUUAG